AAAUAAUUUGAGCAAUAGGUAUCUCACGCAAUAUGGUAGAUGCGGAGAAAGGUCCCGGCCCUUCUAAUGCACAUCAACAAAAGAGCAGCAACAAUAACAAUUACGAAGCGAUAGGAAUGGAAGCCGUCCCAAAUGGCAAUUCUAAAUCCACGGCCCGCUUGAUAACUGAACAUGAACAACACGAUGUGGGCUUCUGUGGCGCUAUUCUCAUAGGGAUUAGUAUACUUCUCUGUAUCUGCUUCUUCCCUCUUGCACCUUUCUUCAUCAUCAAGGUGGUAGCACAGUACGAGAAAGCAGUAAUAUUGAGACUGGGAUGUAUCAGAAAGGGUGGAGCAGCAGGACCUGGUCUCUUCUUCUUCCUGCCUUGUGUAGAUGAGAUUCACGUUGUGGACAUGAGAACCAUUUCAUUUGAUGUUCCCCCACAAGAGAUUCUGACAAAGGACAGUGUAACAGUGACAGUUGAUGCAGUCGUCUACUUCCGUAUCCAGGACGCCGUCUCCUCCGUCUGUAACGUGGACAAUGUCAAGACUGCCACCAGAUUGCUUGCACAGACCACCCUCAGGAACAUGUUGGGAACCAAAUCUCUGUCCGAGAUUCUAUCAGAGAGAGAGGAGAUUUCCAACAGUAUGCAGCAAACUCUUGAUGUGGCGACCGAUCCAUGGGGUGUAUUAGUUGAGCGGGUUGAAGUGAAGGACGUCAGACUGCCACAGAAUCUCCAAAGAGCCAUGGCUGCCGAGGCUGAAGCUCACAGGGAUGCCAAGGCUAAGGUUAUUGCUGCUGAGGGAGAACUGAACGCCUCCAAAGCACUGAAGGAAGCUGCUGAUGUUAUCGCUGAGUCCCCCGCUGCCCUCCAACUGAGAUACCUGCAGACUCUGAGCGCCAUCGCUGCCGAGCGUAACUCAACCAUCCUCUUCCCAAUGCCAAUUGACAUGAUGAAGGCUUUCGCUGGAAGGUAAUCAAAGAACUAUCAUGAGACUGAUCAAAGAUUUAAAUGUUUCUCAAAAUUUUGUCUUCAAGGAACAGAUUUUAGUUUUGUUAAUUGUGUUGUGACUUAGCUUAGUCUAAUGUACCGUAUAAUCGGACAAGGCAGAUAUUUAAUAGAAUGAUUAAAUGAAGCUAAUUAGUUAAUUACAAAGCUAGUUGAUUAUGUUAGGAUCAUUUUUGUUGUUGCAUGUGUUAGCUAAUUGUUCAUAAUUUGAUAGUGCUGUCAGAGAGAUCAUUUUGUAUCGAAACCUUUUACAUGGACCCCUUUUCUUGGACCCUCAAUUGGUGUACUUUUUAAAAUAUUUUAGGAAAAUGUUUUGUUUCUUUACAUUUUGGACGAAAGUUAUAAAAUCGUGUUAUACUUUACUUUUUGCCUCUUUGUCGGUAUAUAACUGGAAGGUUUUAUCCCAGAUUAUAGAACUUUCAUGAUCAUGACAAUCUUAUUUCGAUGAUCUCAUUCUUCCAUCUAAAUGUGCUGUUAUGCUAACAGUUAAUACAUUUCUAGUUUAUACUUCUCUAAAAAUAAA